AUGGGGUUUGUUUGUCCGGUUCCGAAUCCGACUGGUCAGUUGGCUGGUAAUGUUGAUGCUGAUUUGAUGAUUUCUGGUGGAACUGAAGCUACCAUUAUUCCCAUUGGAGUGGGAGGUUUUGUCGUAUGUGGAGCUUUGUCUCAAAGAAAUGAUGAUCCAACACAAAAUGCAUUUGAUGAGUCAUUGAUGAAAGGGAGGAAUACCGUGGACGAGGCCAUGCGCCACAAACAAUUGUCGCGUGUUGUGUGUUGCAUAAUCUGUGCCAGAUUGCAAGUGAGCCCAAAAUUUCGUGAUUAUCCCAGUAUUCAUAUUUUGCAAUAUCAACUGGUCUGCAUUUGA